UUGUCCAGGAACCCUUUGCGCCUCAUCUCUCACCCACCUUUUCUCCCACAACCUCAUUCAUGCCUGGGCAAUCGCAUUGAUACCCAAAAUGAGGUCUUUCCCCCUCUUCUCCAGCUGCUUAACAGCUCUUUCAACCCUCGUCUCCGCCGAGCUCAAUCUCUCGCAACCACUGCUGUCGAAGCAGGUGCUCCCUGCAACAUUCAAGCCUCCGCAGGUCUUUAAGAAUGCCAAUUUGGUCCGGACAACCAAUUUGGAUAAAUCGUAUCCACGGGAAACUAUCAAUGUUAUAAUUGAGAAUGUGGACUCGAAACCGCAGUCUGAGUACUACCUGCCGUUCGAAUCUGGUCUGAUAUCAAGAGUCGGAGGGUUCGAGGUUAAGGAUAAGAAGGCGCCCGAGAAGGGGAUUUUCAAGGUUGAGGUCGUGGAGUAUGAUACGGAGAGUCCCACCGAAUUCUACCUCAUCCAUCUGCCUACCCCUCUCAAGCCGAAGGAACAACAAACCAUCAGCAUCUCGUAUUCCGUUCUCUCUGCUCUAAGCCCCGUCCCUGCGCAAAUCGAACAGAGCUCAAAACAAUACCUGCAAUACACCUUCAGCGCCUACACGCCCUCCGCCUACGUGACUGAGAAGCAAAAGACCAAGAUAAAAUUCCCAAACAGCGAUGUCCCCGACUACACAAGCCUCCCCGCAGACCUCAACGCCGACAAGAAACCUGACCCGCAAAAGCAAGGCUCAACCUUCACCUAUGGGCCCUACAACAACAUCCCAGCAGGUGCUGAGGAACUCGUCAGCGUACGCUACGAAUUUACUAAGCCCGUCACCCACGCCUCUCUCCUCGAACGCGAUAUCGAAGUCUCGCACUGGGGCGGGAACCUCGCCACCGAAGAGCGGUACUGGCUCUCCAACCUCGGCGCCUCUCUCAAAAACCACUUCUCACGUGUAGAAUGGCAAAAAACGUCGUACAUGAACCCGCCCACCUCGGCCCUAAAAGCUCUCCCUCUCCCCUUGCACCCCGGGGCCCUGAACCCCUACUUCACUGACGACAUCGGCAACGUAUCCACCUCCCGCUUCCGUCCCGGAGUUCGGGAAGCCCAUCUUGAACUCCGCCCACGUUACCCAGUCUUUGGUGGCUGGAAAUACAGCUUCCGCGUCGGCUGGGACGCCGACCUCUCCUCGUACCUGCGCAGACUCUCUACAGGGGAAUCCUACGUCCUGAAAGUGCCUUUUCUCGAAGGUCCUCGCAUGCCCGAAGGCAUUAGCUACGCGCGUGUCCAUGUCCGCGUCGUGCUCCCCGAAGGCGCUAUGAACGUGAAAUUCUCGACCACUGUCCCUGUAGUCGAUACUGCGAUCACUCUGCAUAAGACGUUUAUGGAUACACUGGGUAGAACGACAUUGAGUUUGAGUGCGAUUAAUUUAGUCGAUGACUUUAGGGAGAGGGAGUUGGUGGUUACGUAUGAUUAUCCCUGGACGGCGGGGUUCAGGAAGCCUGUGGUGAUUACCCUGGGGAUGUUCGCGGUGUUUGCGGUGGUGUGGGUGGUGGGGAGUUUGGAUAUGAGUAUUGGAAAGAAGAAGACUGCGUAGGCGGAGAGAAGAGCGAAAGUUGGGGCAUGUGAGAAUAGGAGGAAGGGAUGGAGGAAUGGAAAGUCUGAAGGAAAAGUAUCUAGGAGUUCGGCAGCAUGAUCCGUCAGAUGGAAUUCCGAUCGUGUCUUUCAAUCUGUUUGGCUUUUCCUUACCUCUCAUGUAGAACAACGUACAGUAAAUCUGGUUUCUGGGUUC